AAGUGCUGUGGUCUAUCUGCGUGUCUUGAUAUAUGUGGAUGGCUGCCAUUGCGUCCCACUCUCAUCAUGUUUACGUAUGAUCGGGCUGUUCUUUUUGGUGCUGCUGCUGCAGUGCGACUUUUCCUGUUCACUGCGUUCCCCUCAUUACCCAACCUGCUAGCUGGUCGUGUCGAGGUGUCCACACCAGUAACAAGUUUCAAAAGGCUUCAAGAAGGCCUAUUUCUCUACUCCCACAACGUGUCCCCCUACGAUGGCGGCGUAUACCACCAGGCGCCCCUCCUACUUCCCUUGUUUUCCCUCCUGCCAAACCCAUCCUAUCACCCUCUCGCGACCAACCUUCUGUUCAUUGUGGUGGACCUUCUAAGUGCCUAUGCACUCGUUCAGAUCGCCAGCAGUGGCCAGGCGUCCGUCACACGCUUCUUCAAGUCCACGCGGAAAGACUUGCGAUGGACCAAUACCGCCAUUGCGGCAGGCUUCUUAUUCAAUCCUUUCACGUUCUUGACAUGUCUUGCCCGCUCGACUUCGACCUUGAGCAAUCUGUUCAUCCUCACUGCCAUGGCCAAGGCAUGCCAGGGAGCCAGCGUCACCUUCCUACUUGCCCUCUCUUUUGCUUCUUAUCUUUCCAUGCAUCCCAUCAUCCUCUUUCCUCCUCUUCUAGUGCUGCUAUAUGACGCUCGUGCCAUGAGGACGAAAUCCACCGCCAAUCCCGUUGCAUUUACCGCGAUACACACUGUGGCUCUAGCGGGGAUGAUCGGUGCUUUGCUUGGUGUAUCUGCACUUUUGACUGAUUCAUGGGAUUUUUUGGCAUCGACCUACGGAGUUCGACUUCUUCUGCCAGAUCUCACGCCCAACGUGGGGCUGUGGUGGUAUUUCUUUACUGAGAUGUUCGAUUCGUUCAGAGAGUUUUUCCUGGGCGUCUUCUGGCUGCAUGUCGUGUCAUAUGUGCCUGGGCUGACCAUUCGGCUCCGCAAGCAACCGCUCUUCGUUGCCGUCACUAUGAUCGGGAUCUUUUCCAUCUUCAUACCAUAUCCCAGCAUCGCGGAUGCAGGCCUAUAUCUAUCCCUGAUUCCUCUCUUCAAUCACCUAUUUCCUCAUAUGCGAUACACGUUCUUCGCGCUCGCAAAUACCAUGUACGCUUCGUUUCUCGGUCCCGCAUUCUACCAUCUUUGGAUAUAUGCUGGUUCGGGCAAUGCCAACUUUUUUUAUGCAAUUACAUUGGUAUGGAGCUUAGGCCUUUCCAUCAUCGUCGGAGAUUCUGUAUACGCUGCAUUGCGAGAUGAACUGGAUGUUGAACGACCAGAUUUGCGUGACAAGGAGGUUAUACGGAUAUAG